CCUUUGCUGGGAAGGAUAGUAGCUAUAAGAUGAAUCUGCCACUAGUACUUUGUGUUGUACUCCUGAGUAUAGACAAGGGACAGUGCAACCACUUGAACAAUAGUUGCAGUGGAAGUAUUGAUAUUGGUAACAUUAGACUGGUGGAACCAAGGCAUACCAUAAAUGAUGGUGCUGUACAAAUAUGUAACCAGUUCGUGCAAUAUAACACCUCACAACUGUCUUGGUGUUACUUGAACAGUACAGAAAGUUGGAACAUGACUGCUGCUAGAGUAGCAUGCAGGCAACUGGGACUACCACACUCAGCUCCUACAGUAACCAUGCUUACACUACAGUCAUUUGGGAAUGUAGUUAUUAGACCAGUGACUUGUAAUGGGACAGAAGAUCAACUACGCGAUUGCUUGAGGGGCCAAUAUGAUACCAGCAUUUAUACAGUUUCAGCAAUGGUUGCUGGAUUGAGUUGCAUCAAUGAAUUAACUGCUACUACCGGGACAUUGCCAGUCAUGAGUACUAGUGUGACAUUAGGAGCACUCAUUGGUGUAUUGGCAGCUGCUCUAGUGGUGGUUGUCACUGGAUGGAUUGUGUCGUGUGUUUACUUACAGAGGAAAAUAAACAGGCAAGGCAGUGACCACACCCACAGUACAUCUCCCUCUAUCAACAAUCCCGACCUUCAACAUAAUCCAGCAUACACGCACACAACAGCUGUCUCUAUGAGUGACCCCACCCUCCAACGUAAUCCAGUAUAUGAUUGGUCGACCACUGUCCCACACACCACGAACAUGGAACCAUCCUACGAGGUGGUCAGUGGUGGUGAGGGGGUGGGGCAUAGCUAUGAUGUCAUCAGUCCAAGAGGUGCUUGUAACACAAGCAAUGAAAGAGGAUCACAUGACUAAGCUUCAGAAGAGGAUGUAUCGAACUAAGAGGACUAAAGAGGGGUGAUACAUAACCACUGAUAGAUACAUAAAAUAAUAAUAAACUAUGACCACUAUAGAUAAUUAUUGAUAAUGUUGCACUAGACCAGAACUGACUUUUACUUCAUUUAAUGUAU